UCUCUCUCUCUGCUCGUAUUGUUUCCAACAAUGGCUCGCGGCUCAUCCCAGUCCCAAGCGACGUCAUCUUCCACGGCCUCUCGCCCUGGCGUCGUGGCUCCUCGCGGUUCAGCUGCCGCCACAGCUGGAAUGCGCCGCCGUCGUCUCGGCGGAGGAGGCAGCUCCAGCUCCGGAGGCAUGAGCGGCGGGGGCGGCUCUGGCGCCGGAAACAACAUGCUCAGGUUCUACACCGACGACGCUCCAGGCCUGAAGAUCACCCCCACCGUCGUGCUCGUCAUGAGCCUCUGCUUCAUCGGCUUCGUCACCGCCCUCCAUGUGUUCGGCAAGCUCUACCUCCACCGAUCUACAGGCGGAGCUUAAAUUCCGGGAUCCUAACUCAGAUUGGCGCAGAUCCGGAGCUUUCUGGUGGCGGAGUAAUCGGUAAAAUUUCAAUGCUACGGUCCUUUUUUGCUUUUGUUUUUCUUUUGCUCUGUAGAUUUGCGCAGGGUUGACCUUUUCUAGAGUUUCAGUGUUGUUUAAUGUUGGAUUGGGUUUGAUCUUAAUUUGAAUGGAGACGAGUGACUUUAUACACCGUUAUGAAGUUUGCUAUGAUCUUGUUUAUCUCAAUUUUCAUAAUCCGUUUUAGCUUCUGAAAGAUCCUAUCGGAUUUGUUUGAAAAUGAGUAAUGACUAUGAAAUG